AUGAACCAAGCAGCAUCCAAUUUGAUAGCCGCAACGGCCAGUAAAGCCAACGAACGCGUCCCGUUCACUCCCACCGAGACGGAUGCAGCCCUCGCCAGUCGUAGCCCAUUCCGCUUCCUCGAUCUACCUAAGAACAUACGGCGAAUAGCCUACGACUACAUUUUCGCACAAUGUCUGCGGUGUGUCAUGGGCCCAGAGUUCGGCCUCUGGUUUGAGGACGUCCGACCGUGCAUCCCGCUUCUGCAGGUGUCUAAAACGGUGAACGAUGAAGCGAGCGCUGGCAUGCACAUCAACCGCUUCCUGCAUCCCGUGACCCUCAUCAUCACCAUGGAUCGCGGCGCUAUUGAUUGUCUUGAGAUGGUGCUGAACAUGCUAUGCUUGGGGCACAACUACGAUCUCUGGCAUCAGCGCAACGCGAAAGCUCAGAAGCGACCAUCGGAGGGGCUAGAUAAAUUCACGCUCAAGCUGCCAACGAGUGACUUCAAAAAGCGAGUGCGGCAAUAUUAUCGGGCGCAGGACUACGGUUGGCCGCAAUGGAGCGACAAGUACGACGUUCAACUUGACGACUUCUAUCGUUUCGCGAUGUUCCAACUCCGACGCCAGCCAGUGAUUGAAAUUAGAUUGUUGAUUGGCGAUGGAAACGAUUGCGAGCACUUGGUGUACGACCGCAGGCAUGCCCGCCACUGCGUGGAGGAACCUUAUCACCUUCUUGAGGACCUCAAACGCAAGGUUGUCAUCGUGAGCGCCAAUGCGGAGAUCGAGGCGCACGCAAAGGGCAAGGAGGAGCUGCGGGAGGAGGCGGAAGGCUUGGUGGAUGGCAUAACUUGGGAGCUGGCUUCCUCUGCAAUGGAGCUGAAGCUACUAAAGAAGCGUAAGAAGAAGAGCGGCAAGAGGUAG